AUGUCGGUGCAGCUAUCUUGUGGUUAUGGCGAUGGUUCAUGUCAGACACUCUUCCUGAAACAGUGAAACCUGCUUUUGUUUACUCCUAAAACCUGCAACCAGUCCCUACAAUUCCUGUAGCUAUGUAGUACGUGUGGCACACGAUAAAAGAAAAAUGUCAGUGCAUUCAAGAAUUCAAGCGCUCUUAUUUUUUUGUUGGGUUUUGGAAAAAUUCGAGAGAGGCCUUUGGAAAUGGCAGAUAACAGGAACCGCACUGCUCUACUUGUUAUCGACAUGCAGAAAGAUUUUAUCCACGAAGACGGUCUGGCUUGCCUGAGCGGAGGCAGAGCUAUUGUCCCCAAUGUAAUCAAAGCCGUCCAAGUCGCUAGGCAGCGUGGUUUUCUCAUUGUUUGGGUUGUUCGCGAGCAUGACCCACAAGGGAGAGAUGUUGAACUCUUCCGCCGCCACUUUUAUGCUUCUGGGAAAGUGGGUCCAGCUGUUAAGGGAAGCGUGGCUGCGGAACUCGUUGAUGGGCUGGUGAUUAAAGAAGAGGACUAUAAAUUGGUGAAGACGCGCUUCAGUGCCUUCUUUGAUACAAACCUCCAUUCUCUUCUUCAGGGUGCUGGAAUCAAUAACUUGGUUAUCACUGGCGUUCAAACUCCAAAUUGCGUCAGGCAGACUGUCUAUGAUGCACUAGCAUUGGAUUAUCCAUCUGUUACCGUUAUUGCUGAUGCCACAGCUGCUGCGACACCUGAUGUACAAGUUGCCAACAUUUUUGACAUGAAGAAUGUCGGAGUCGCGACCCCAACAUUACAGGAAUGGUGCGAGUCGAAUGCUUGAUCUCUCUCAUAAUUGUCGCCCUGCCUCAACUUCCGUGGUUCUACUCUUGCUUGUGAAAUGGGAUUUCUCUUUGCUAUCCUUCACUUCAACUACUGUAUUGUACUAUUGCACGUGUAAAACCAACUUAUUAUUUA